AUGGAGCAACAACAUUCAGAAGGACCCCAAGUCCAAGCCCCUGACAUCGGCGGUUUGAACAUGUCUGCAGACAACACCUCGUCCAGAGAAGUAGCCGUGGAGAAAUUUCUCAAAGACCUUGAUGAGUGCCAAAUAAUGGCCAAUACGAUCAAGGAUUACACGUCAAGCGUUGUCGACAACGUGGUAGGCCUUUUGGAUCCUAUUAAUGGCGGAGCAGGCAAAAUCCGUAAGCUCCGUGAUGAGAUGGUAUCUCUGGAAAGCGAGGGCAAAGCCUCGCAGAAGCUUCAAAAGUAG